ACCGAGCCAUUCUACGCGCUAUAGCAUAUGGCUUAAGGCAUAACCGCUCAGCAAGCGUCUGCAUUACGAAAGUUAGCAUACAACCGUGGCGUUCGUGGUUUUGUUUGAAAUUAGGGGCCAAUCUCAUGUCUCGCUUCAAUGAACUCCUCCAGCGAACACCGCAAACAACAACGGGCAUAAUCGCGCUGUGUGUGAUCUUGCAUGUUGUGACAAAAGUGCUUCUCGAUCUUAAUCUACGCAUCUUUACGCUUUGUCCUCAGCUGGUAAUUUAUCGACUCGAAAUCUAUCGGAUAGCGACCAGCGCCUUGUUUCACGGAAACAUUAUGCAUCUCGCGAUGAACAUGAUGACCACCCUGGCUAUUGGCUCUUUGUUGGAAAAACGAUUCGGGACGUUUCGCUUGCUCCUGAUAAUCCUUUGGUCAAUAUUACUAACUGGAAUCCUUUAUAUUGGCAUCGCUCUCUUCCUUGCCAUAAUAAUCCAGAAAAAUCAGCUGAUGAGACAGCAUUCGGUUGGUUUUUCGGGCGUUAUUUUUCAUCUUUCGGUUUUGGAGUCCAAUCUUGGCACGCAUCAAUCUCGGAGCGUCUUUGGCUUUUUCGACGUACCUUCAUACCUGUACCCGUGGGUGCUAUUGGUGGGGCUCCAAAUAUUCAUGCCGGGUUUGUCCUUUACCGGUCAUUUGGUGGGAAUUUUAGUGGGAACUUUACAAUUGUACGGGGGGUUGAAUUGGAUAUUGUGGGGGGAAGAAAGGCUCAAACGAGUGGACAACUGGUCCCGUCUGGACUUUCUGACGAGACAGCAUAACUUUUGCCCUACCACUGCGGAAACUGGAUGCCAGGUUGGCGGUCAAUCAUCGUCGCUGAUGGGUUCGGUGCGGCAAGGGAGUGUAAUUGUCCGGCGUUUUCUGUUCUACGUGCUCGCAGGCAUUCAGUCGAUAUUAUUCAGCUCCUACAAUCCUGUAAACACUUUUGAAGACGAAGACGACUGGGAUGGGCUACCGUUAUAUUCUGACGACCAAUCGGAGAGAGGCGAAAUGGUAUAA